GGGGCCCAAGCAAAUGCAAAACAACGUCAGCUGUAAUUCACAGCCUGAAGUGCGUGUUUCCGUCGUCAGGACAGACGUAGCCUACCGCGGCGUUAGCACACCCGUUAACACGGUUUUCUGCCCGGAGUGGACGUCCGCGCGCCGUCAGAGCUACGCACGAGCGGAAGGGAGAGCUGCCAUUGGCAAAUGUUUCCAGGCUGCUGCCUCUUAAGCCCUCCCCCCCUCCCCAGCCUCACUCCAUCCUGACAGCUAAAGGUUACACCGCAGCGGACCGGGGCUCGCAGAGAUGUAAUGUUGGACGCGGGGCUCUGUCAUGUUUGAGCUGUCCGUGUGAGGAAGGCGCGUGCGAAGGCGAAGCAGCGCGUGCGGCCGCCGCAUUUCCACAGCUGCCGCCGGACGGGACGGCCGAGCGUCGACGAGCCUCCCCUCGCACCGUCAUGACGACCGUCAGUUCAAACGAGCUGACAGCAAUUCAGUUCUCGGCGUUUUGCUCCGCCUUCAUCCCUGAGAUGCUGCCCUGCCUGCGCGGCGUUCUGCGGCCUGCUCUCUCCCUCGCAUGCGGGAGCAGGCUGGCCGGGGCCGGGCUCCGGAGCCCCCCCGCCCCCGCAGCAGCGUCCCCGGCCCUGCUGCAGCGCUGCCACCUGGGCACGCACCCCAUGAAGGAGCCCGUGGAGCCCCUCAACUCCCCGCGCGGAGCCAAGGAGUUCAUUUACGGCCUGCACCCGUCUGAGCGCACCUGUCUGCUGCGGGAGCUGCACAAGUUCGAGUCCAUAGCUAUUGCUCAAGGACAGCUGGUAAUCGCACCACCUACUUCAGCCCAGUUAAAAUAUGUUCUGCUGCACAAUGCAAUUCCUUUUGUUGGAUUUGGUUUCCUGGACAACUGCAUUAUGAUCGUUGCUGGCACACAGAUUGAGUUAUCGAUCGGUGUAAUUCUUGGUAUUUCAACUAUGGCAGCUGCUGCACUUGGCAACCUGGUGUCAGAUCUGGCGGGCCUGGGGCUGGCAGGGUACGUGGAGGCUUUGGUGUGUCGGCUGGGGAUGCAGAUUCCUGACCUGAGCCCGAAACAGGCGGACAUGUGGCAGACCAGAGUCAGCUGUCACACGGGUAAAGCCAUCGGCGUGGGCAUCGGCUGCAUCCUCGGUAUGUUUCCUCUUCUAUUCUUCAAAAGUGAUGAUGAGAAGAAAGAAGGCAAGACAGAGGAAAAGGAGGAAUCACAGUCACCGCCCGCCCCAACAGAGGGCAGCAAAAACUGAAUCUUAAUUAAUCAUUUUUUGGAAUCCAUAAGAUUUCUGGACUAACACUGGACUUCCCUGGGCAGUGGAGUGUUUAAAAAACUGGCUAUGACCCAGCACUUCAGAGUAAGCAGUCAAACUAUUUGAAGUGUUCUGUGAAGGAUUUUUUUUUAAUCAUUUGAUUGCAGACUGUGAACUAAGCACAGGAAAAAGGUCAACACUCGAAGAGACAACAUAAAUUCACCUCUUCCUCACUGACUGACACAGAUUUAUUUCUUCAUUUCAGUGGCCUGACUUCUGCUCCGAGUCUGUCCAAACAGCUAUGAAGCUUUGACUGUAGAUGUUUAGACAAAAAGCAGGCUGCCUGGAAGUUUGAGAGAUUCUUGAAUGUCACAGGACAUUUCUAAACCAGUGCAAUGCAACAAAACAUGAGAACACACCAGAAGAUAUAACGGGAUUCUUAGCAACUAAUCAACAAAAAUCUGGUGGGACCGAUGCAGCUGUUGUGGUUAUGACCGUCGUGUCUUCUGUUUAGAAUGAAUGCCAUGACAACCAGUGACUUCCUUGUGUUUGAACGCUUGAUUCUUGUUUUGUUUUGUUUCCCUGGUAUAACCUCCUUGUUGCUUUUUUGUUUAAACACCAAAAAAAACUUUUGGUGUCUGAAAGUUUGCCAUUUGAAAAAAAAUAUUAGAAUAGCUGAUUGAAAAAUAAUGGGAGCUACAAACAUUUAAUCAGCUGAGCCCUCUGUCCAAUUUGUCCUCCAGAUCGGGCCUCAGCAUUACAUGAUUCGUCAGAUGAAACUUUUCUCAUAACCAGAAACAGCUGCACCACAGCAGAGGGUUAGAGCUUAAUUUCGUGAUACGACAACUUCUGCUUGUACUAAUGCAUAAUUCUUUCCAGUCACUCCACCUGAGUAUCUGCUGUGCUCCUUCCCACAUUUACUGCACACAGCUUCCCGGUAUUUAAAGUUAGGGCAACUUUAUUUCUUCUUAACAUAAACUCAGAGCAAUCCGGAGAUUUCUAUCUCUGACACAUUGACGACGCAGACACAUGGAGUAGUCAAAUCUCUCCACAGACUGAGAUGUUGGGAAGCAGUGAAUGGAAGACUCUUUGUCAUGACAAAAUAGAUAUUCUCACUUACUUCUCACUCCCCACAUUUCUCUCUGACUGGAAGGACGUUCCAACGGAUUUCUGUUACAGCUCAUCCCUGCAUUGCCUAAACAUAAGACAUGAAUGAUUCUAGCCACGUACUGUGUGUGAGACUGAGACUCUUCAUGAAAGUGAAGAAAUUGUACAAUGGAAUUAUGUAUUUAUUAAGUUAAGUUUGCUUCAUUUCCAUCAUGCAUGCACUGAAAUAAAAUGAAGACUAGUUGAAACCUGAGUACCUUCCUGAGCUUUCACAGAACAUAAGGAAAGGAUGUUGAUUUUGUGAUUCUUUUAAAAAACAAGGACUUCUGUGUGUUUCUUUUCCACACAGUGAUUGACUAGAUUAGUUUUAUUUCGGCGUUUGGUGGUAAAGGACCGAACUCAGACUUCAAAACUCUUGCUUGAUUGACUUUGUGGAAAUGUGUUUCCUUGAGUUGCUUUCCACUGAACUACCUGUCUGGAGGAUUUAGAUCCAUCCUGAAAUGAUGGUCAGGGGAUUAAAAAAAAAAAUAGAUUACAUAACCUCCUCAAUAGACUCUUGAUUUUUGUGCAAAGGUACACUAAAAAGACUUACAGUUCACACAAUCUAAAAGUGGACACAACAAUUUCCAUUGUGAUAAACGUGACUUUGACAUUUAUUAAAAUGUCAACCAAAGCUGAGUCAAAACAUACAUUAACUCAAUACUUUUUGGGGCUUUGGAAAAAGUUCACUCCAGCACAGAGGCAAAAAUAAUAAUAGCAUGAAUUGAUGUGAGUUGGCUGCUUCUAUUCACAGUGUCAAUUUAAAAAGAAAAGCAGUCGCACAAAGCUUUACUGUCACUUUCAUUUUGCUUUUACUGGUUUAAACGUAUGAGUUUUACCCCUCUGUGACCUGCAGGUGGCAGAGUUUGUUUUUUUAAAGUCCCUCAGACUCAAGUUGAAACACAGUAAGCACAGAAAUCUGUAGAGGACACAAAAAAGACGAAUAUAACAAUAAAAAUAAUGCAGUCUAAAUUUGUCUGAUUUUGUGUGUGUGU